CUUGCUGACACUCGCGACCAUGUUCUCCUUACCUUUGAUGCCGGCGAGGAGGAAAAGCAAUGAUGUCAAACCGGUCGACACAACUUUUACGUUUGGACAACGAGGGAACCACUUCUUCCAGUGUGCUUCGCGAUGCGAUUAUACUCGUCUCCCCGCCAAACUUGCCUCACUCCUGACCUCAGCACAGCUCCAAAAAGUGCACCACGUGACAUUAGGUUACGAGCAAAGUUUCCUACUCACAUGGCGGGACGCAAGAGGAUACGAUCAUAUCGAUUUUCAAGAUCUCCCCCAAGAGCUAACAUCAUUCCUGCUGGCUACAAGCCCACAAAAUACUCUCCUCCGCUCCAUCCCAAAUAUACGCCUCACCAUCGGUCCCUAUAAUAGCUCCUUCUUUGUCACUGAUAACUCCGCAUAUCUGUGGAUGAACCUCCCUGUCCCUCUCUUAACUGCAAUGCAACAUCGCAUCAGAAACGGGACCUGGAUCGAUAAACCGCGUCUCGUCUGUCUCGGCGCUGACGAAAACUUUCUUCUACUCACCGAGAAGCAUGCUGCAGUUUGGGACCUCUCGAAUUACGUUAUCUUAGGGAAGAUGUUGGAAUUCUCGCGCAGUCAAGAAAGGGGCAUCGAGGAAAUUAAGAAUGUGGGAAUGCAUGCCUAUCGGUAUCAGUGUUUUGUAGCCGAAAGCUGGGGUGGGACCUUGCUGUACGAGAAUCUGCCGCCGCAUGAGAUUGGUGGGGUGGAGAGUAUACGGGCGGUGCUCACGAAGGGGGUUCUAGAGAGAAGAGAAAGAGCAGAGGAGGCGGAAAGAGCGAGAGAUGAAGAAAGGAGAAGAGAAGCUCGAAUGAGAGCGGAGGAAAAUGAUCGGAGGAAGGAGGAGAUGCAGAAACGAAAGAUGGACCGUCCAAAGAAGUCAGAGUUGAAACAGCAGGCGAGUAUGUCGAGGGAUUGGGGUGAGAGAAAGCAGGAGUUUACUGCAAAGAGCAAGGGCAAAGGCAUCAGAUUGAGCCUCAGUAUCAAGAUAUCAACAAAAGGCGUUGCUGGAGGGUUCGGACUGCUUUGA